ACAGUACUUCAAAGCCUAAAAAAAGUUUCUGUAAAAAAAAGGGACAUAGAUGUUUUUCUUACUUGUAUUUUGGUUUUGAAGCGCGAAAAACAGUACAGCAGUCCAAGAUCCACUCCAAGCCUCUUUACUGUCAUAUAUCUCGAUCUCUCUACUCCCAGGAAACAGGUAGAUGUUGACCCAGGAAGGUGAUGUCAAUGGAAUGAUAGAAACAACAGCAGAAGAUGAUCUAAAGUUCGUGAAACAACUGACAGAAAUGAAUUCGGAUGAUAGUCAUCCCAGGGAGAAUGGUGUCUGUGAUCUGGAUGAUGCUGGCCCUGAUAGUGCUCAAGAUCAGCUGGUUCAGAUGAUUGUUGAGCUCAAGUUCCAAAACGAGUAUUUCAAGUCUCAGAUCAAGGGCUUGCACAUGCAAACUUUAGUAAUAGAAGCCACUGAAUCUUCCCAACAUAAACAAACAGCCGAACUAGAUAAUGCAGGAUCAGAUGAUGUAAAAGCAUUGCAGGAAAAGAUAGAGUUGUUGAAUAGAGAACUGCAGGAGGAAAAACAGACACGGUUUGCUGCAGAAGAGGCACUGAAGCACCUGAGGGAAUCAUAUUCAGAGGCAGAUGCUACAGCCCAAGAGUUCUCAGUUAAGCUUGCCGAAGCUCAACAAAAGAUGGAGCGGGAAAUCAAAGAACGCGAUGAUAAAUAUUCGGAGCUUGAUUCCAAGUUUAGCAGGCUACACAAACGGGCAAAGCAGCGCAUUCAAGACGUUCAGAAGGAAAAAGAUGAUUUGGAGUCACAAUUUCGUGAUUCAAAUGAGAAAGCCGAACGGGCUACAUCCCAACUUACCGCACUGCAGCAAGAGCUGGAGCGCACUCGUCAACAAGCAAAUGAAGCACUAAAAGCGAUGGAUAUGGAGAGGCAGCAAUUAAGAACCACGAACAAUAAGCUUCGAGAUAAUAUUGAAGAGCUCCGUCAUUCAUUGGAACCAAAGGAUCAUGCUCUUGAAGCACUUCAACAGUCACUUUUGGAGAAGGAGCAGAUGUUGGAAAACAUGAAAGGAUUAGUACGAGCUGCUGAGGACAAGAGGCAAGCUUCUGUGGCUGAGCUCUCUUCCAAACAUCAGAAGAAUAUAGAAAGUUUGGAAAUGCAACUUGCUGAAGCAAUGUCUGAGCUAAACAAGGCAGCAGAAACUGUCUCUUCUUUACAGGUAUCUGUUGCUGAAAAGGAAUCAAAAUUGGCUGAAAUAGAUGCUGCUACUUCUGGUGAAGCAGCUAGACUAAAAGCUGUCAUUGAGUCUGUUAAAGGAGAUCUUGCUCAUCAGAAACACGAGCAUGAGAAAGAGAAAGAGAACUGGGAAGCAACCUGCGAAUCACUCAAAGCAAGACUAGAGACUGCUGAGAGUAGCCGCGUACGGGCAGAAAUUGGAACUGCUAAAAUAAAAAGUCAGCUUGAGUUGCAGUUGUCUGGACAAGCUCAAUUGCUUAAUGAUAGAGAUGCAGAACUGGCAGCCUCCAGGGAACAGAUCAGUCGACUAGAAGCUGAAUUUUCUUCCUAUAAGCUUCGUGCUCACUCCCUUCUUCAGAAGAAGGACGCAGAUCUAGCAGCAGCCAAAGACUCUGAUCAAAUCAAAGCUUUAGAGGAAGCAUUAAAAGAUGCUGAGUACGAAAUAUCAUCGAUUUCUGCAGAAAGGGAUAAGGCUGUCAACGAGCUUCAAGCUGCUUUGGCCAAUUAUGAUAUAGAGCUUUCAACACGAGACGCGGCUCUUAAAACUGCUGAACAGCAGAUAAAGAACUUAGAAAUUAAGCUUGAUUCUCAGACUCUGCAGUACCAGUUAGAGAAAGAUGCUUGGGAACUAAAUUUGCAAAAGUUGGAAGAAACAUGGCGAGGGAAAUAUGAAGCGAUAGAAGCUGAAAAGGAGGCAUCCAGUGCACCAGAUCUGUGCAAGGAAAUUGAAGAGCUUAAACGACAAUAUAAUAAAUUGAAAGAAGAGCAUGAUUCUUUUCGUGAUCUUGCUGAUAGAAUGAUGGAGGACAAAGACAAAGAGAUUUCAAGGAUUUUGUACGAAAACAAUAAACUACAGCGCUCUUUGGAUUUAGAACUCAAAGGAGGUGAUCAUGGUACUCAGAGCAAAGGCUCACAUAACCAAGAUAGCUCAAGCACUUCCACUGCAGAGCAGCAGAUUCUGAUGUUGGCUAGGCAGCAAGCUCAGAGAGAAGAAGAGUUAGCUCAGUCACAGCGGCACAUCCUGGCACUUCAAGAGGAAAUCGAAGAGCUUGAGCGUGAAAACCGUCUCCACAACCAACAGGUUGGCAUGUUGAAAGAGGAACUCCGGAUCAUGGAUAGAUCGCAAAAGAGGGAAGGGGUGGAUAUGACCUACCUUAAAAAUGUGGUCUUGAAGCUUCUUGAAACUGGUGAGGUGGAGGCACUACUACCAGUAAUUGCAAUGCUUCUGCAAUUUAGUCCUGACGAGCUCCAAAAGUGCCAACAAGUUUAUCGCAGUUAUGCGGAUGCAUCAGCUAGCUCGGCAAGCGAGGCACCAAGUCGUUCGCUUUUCUCAAGAUUCUCAUUUGUAUGACUUACAGAGUACAAUCUAAAGAAGGUUUCGGAUGCACGGAUGUUAUGGCUGUGAUUUUUCUGGCCAAAAAUCGAUAUAGCGGGAAAUCGUGCUUCAAAUUUUUGUAUUUUUUCAUUAAUUAUGUACAUCGCAUUUCUGUAAUAGAAAAUAGUUUUGUCUAUGGAUUUUGGAAUUUUACUGUAAAAAGAACGACAUAUUGGUAUACAUCAUGUCAAAAGGGAAUGAAAGGUAGAUCAUUAUAACGGAA